AUGAGCGUCCCCUGCAAAGCUGCUAACGCUGCCACUCGCAGUGCUUGCCGUGCGGCUGCUGUCGAGGCUGCCAACACUCCUAUCAAUGUCAAGCUCUCUGAGGUCAAAACCAUGUGUCCGUUCUUCGCCAAGGUCUCGAGUAGCCCGGACGCCUCGACUCUGGAGGCCAUGGCACACGCCUGCCCAGUGAUGAGUGCGGUCCAGAAGCCAGUUGUCAUCCAAGACGACACGAAUAAGUUGGCCUUUGAGGAGGCUCUGGUGACUCGUAAGGACGAGAUGUACGAGGCCAAGUUCAAGUUCAACAUUGAUAAGCUGCAGGAGGAGGGCCGUUAUCGCUACUUCGCUAACUUGCAGAGGCAUU